AUGCCCCCAGAAACUCACUCUCAGAACCAUCUUGGAGACACUCUUACAACCCUCACUCAGCCGGGCAGACUGCAGCCGCUACAGGAUGUUCCGGCUGCUAAUUCCCUUACACGAAGUCAAGGCAGCACUUCUUCGCAGCACGUGCCCACAUUCUCCGGAGAAACAUCCUUAGCACACAAUAUUACCUUGAUCGAAGGUCGCUUAGAGCAGAUGGGAGUUGCGAUCUACUUCUCCAGGGCACUCCUUUGGAUCCCAUUUGACACCCCCCCGGAUGACUUAGCUGAUCAUACCUCAGAGCGCGGCCAGACAAGCUACGUCCACAAGAUACUAGACUCCCACGGGGUUGUGCCCGAUAAAGAGCUGUGGAGUGGUCUCAUACGCAAAUUUUGCGAAGAAGUUCAUAUACUCGUUCCCUUCCUCCAUAUUCCUGCAUUAUGGGCUCUCUACGAAGAGACAUGGGAGAAGUUCUUUAUUUUCUCCACACAUGGUCAUCUAAACAGUGAGAAUCGGAUCCAGGUCGCUCAUAUACUCCUGUGCCUUGCCAAUGGAAAAUGUGUCGAGUCUUCGCGACUUCAGUCGGGAGAGGAACUAUACUCGGCUGGUUGGAGCUUAUAUAGUGCGGGAAGAGAUAUAUUUGGUGACCUUCUUGACAGUUUUCACGAUGGUGAUAACCAGAUCAUUGUUUUGCAGACCAUAACCUUGAUGGUUGUUUAUCUCUUCCGCCUCGAUGCACAUGGCCCAGCUGAAAAGGUCUUGGCUCUCACCAUCUCGCAUGCGCACCAUAUUGGGCUCCACAGACGCAGAGUAGUGGAUAGCAUGGGGACCUUUGAGAGCGAGAUGUGCCGCCGCCUGUGGUGGUGUAUGUACAUUUUGGAUCGUCGGCUGGCCCUUGAAACAGGGCGUCCGUUUUUAAUCCAGGACGUGAACGUCGAUGUCGGAUUUCCUCAAGAUGUGAGCGACGAGUGGCUUCGAAUAUGCCACGACUCACAAUUUUCGGUGUCCAAUGCAGCGUCAUGCGAGAAUAUCUCGUCGGCAGUACCGUACCUGAUCGCCAUGACUGCCUAUUCGAAAGUAAUUGGGAAAGUCUGGGAAGCCUUAUAUGGCGCUUCCACGACCGAAUCUACACCAAGCCAUUUUCUCAAUGAAUACUUGAUGCAUUUGAUCGCUCAGUCUCAAAAAGAGAUCCAACGGGAGUUCACAUAUGACCCUUAUUGUCCGACAGAGUGCAGGACGGAAGGGCUGGUUUGGUGGCAGGUGAAACAACAAUUGAUUAUGCGAAUUCGGUGGUCUUCGCUUCACCUGCUAAUCCGAAAGCCGAUGCUCCAUAAAACGCUAUCUCAUCAACAACCAUCCUCAGAAACUAUUGAGAAUGAAGUCAUGUGCAUGCAUCUGGCUCAGAGUAUCAUCGAAAACUUCAGUAAUGUUCCUGAGGAACACCCCAAGUACACGUUUCCAUUCCUGCAUUAUCUGACUGGCGCGACUAUAAUUGCGUUGGGAUUAAUCAUCAAGCAACCUUCAUUUAAACGUGCCUAUGGCGAUUUGACACUGGAGGCGGCGAGAUCACUAGAGAACCACUGCCGGAUGACAUGGGUGUCUGGUAGAAUGGCCCGAGCUGUCUGGAAACUAAAUCAAAUGGCAACUGCAACACUAGACACUGUCACUCGAAUCUCUCUACCAAGCGUAUGGCGAUUGGCGGUCCAGGAUCAUCCAUGCUUAAUGGAGCUCGAUUCCGAUCAAUAUCGGAAUAUCCCGACGAAGAAAGAUCCAGACCCGCCCCAGGAGAGCGGCACCCAGGGGCUCUUGUUCAAAGAAUGA